AUGGGCUCAGCACCAGACCGAGAGCCGAUAGAUGUAGCCAUUGUUGGAGGAGGGAUUGGUGGACUUGCCCUGGCCAUCGGGUUGCAACAGCACGGCCAUAUCCGAGUCAAAAUAUACGAGGCUGCUUCCAAGUUCUCCGAGAUUGGGGCUGGAGUAUUCUUUGGCGCCAAUUCCAUUCGGGCGAUGAGUCUCAUUCAUCCCAGCGUCGGCGAGGCUUAUGCCAAAAUCUCGACAAGCGUGGGCUGGGAGUCAAAGAAGGAUACAUACUUCGACUUCAUUCUUGCACACGAGCUGCAUGGACUGCCUGCUGGGACCCCAAUCAUAUCCCCCAAGCUGUCAGCGACGGAACGGCACAGCACGGCUCAUCGCGCGCAUUUUGUCGAUGAGCUCAUCAAACUCGUUCCCAGAGACAUGGCCCAGUUUGGCAAGCGACUGAUCGACAUCUCUCGAGAUGAAACCAGAGGGAAAACCAUUCUGAGAUUUGCCGAUAGCACCACCGCUGAAGCCGACGCAGUUAUUGGUUGCGACGGGAUCAAAUCAGUAUGUAGGGAGUUUGUGUUAGGCAAAGACAAUCCUCUCUCGCAGCCUGUAUUCACGGGGAAGCAUGCUUACCGUGGGCUCAUACCCAUGGACAAAGCCAUUGCGGCAAUAGGCGAAGAGAAGGCCCAGAAUCGUUACAUGUUCAUCGGCAGAGGCGGGCACGUGUUGACCUUUCCUGUUGCGAACGGCAGUGUGAUGAAUGUUGUCGCCUUCAGUACGACGAAGAGCGGCACAUGGGACGGAGAAUGGGUAAAGCGAAUGAAACGUGAGGACCUGGCAGCCGACUUUGAGGGCUUUGGAGAAGAGUGCCAAAAGAUUUUUUCGUUGAUGGAGAGUACCGAUCACUGGGGCAUUUUCGACCUGUCCCCCAAUUUCCCGACAUAUCAAUCCAGAGACCUUCGCCUCCUCCUUCUGGGCGACAGUGCGCACGCCUGUGCUCCUCAUCAAGGUGCAGGCGCAGGUCAAGCGCUGGAAGAUGCACAUAUUCUCUCCCACGUCCUUGGCGAGUGCCGUUCUCCGUCCGACCUCCUCGCUGCUUUCACUGCAUACGAAACGGUGCGUAUGCCGCGUGCUAAGUUUGUGCAAUACCAUGGAAGACGACAAGGAGAACUGCUGGACCUACAAAGACCUGACGUUGGUGACGACCUCGAGAAACUCAAAGCUGUUAUUGACGUCCCAAUCAGGGAGAUCUGGAACUGCGACCUGGAGGCCGAGUUGGAGAGGGCGCUGGUAGUGAUGAAGGCAGAGCUGCAAAGACCGGUGAUCACUCCGCUACCAACAGCUUCGAGCAGUGUCUCACCGAUGACGGCCGUCUGA